CAAAUGGACCAAACACACAUCAAUAACACACACCUUCCUCUCCUUCAUACAUACUCUUUCAUGAUUUUUCCACUUCUUCCUAUCUUCCCUAUUUCUCUUCACCUCAUUUCCUCCCUCUAAUAGUCAUGUUUGAUCCAAGAAAACAAACACCAAAUGACGAUUGGGAGCCUCUAAAUUUUGGUUUCGAAGUAUCAAAAAAGCAUGGCAAUUGGACUAACAAUGAUAAUGGAGAAGGGAUUCAAUUUAGAAUUCAAGAAAUGAAAGAACAUGAAGAUGGUGGUGCUGAAUCUGGUGAUUCAUCACCACCCUUAUGGCAAAAUAGCCCUCCAAUAAGUCCAGUUCAUCAUAGUAUAAAUUAUCGGUCACUUUCGCCGAGUUCUAGAGCUCAAGCCAUAGCUAGAGGCCAAUGGGAACUAAUGGAAAUGGUUAAGAACAUGCCUGAAUCUUGCUAUGAGCUUUCAUUAAAGGAUCUUGUUGAGCAGCCUACUACAUCCUUUCAAUCUCAAGAAAAUUGCUUAAUGAAUAAGGAGAAAAACCAAGUUGUGCAGCAUAGGGUGAAGAUAAAGAGGCAAGAGAGUAGCAACAUGAAUAAGAAGAAGAAGAAUCAAAUGAUGAAAAGUAGAAGUCUCGACAAUGGAGGGCUAUUUCUGAAGAUGGUUUCCCCUGUUCCUUUGAGAUCAAAGAGAAAAACAAAUACAACUAAUAAAGUUUCUCCUAAGCUUGAAGAGUGUGAAAACUCUUCAAAAAGUUUGGAAAAAGACUGGUGGAAGAAGAGAUUUUCUAGUUCAAGUGAGAGUGGUAGUAGCAGAAAUAGAAGCAGUGGCAGCACUUCUAGCAGUAGCACUAAUAGCAGAAAUAACAGCAACAGGAAAAGGAAAGGAUUUUUAAGCAGUUGUUGGUCAAGGUUAUGCUUCAGCAAAAGCAUAUCGGCAGGAUGAGAAUAACAAGUGAUUGGUGAUGCCACCUACACAUAAUACGUUUAAGUCUUGUAGAACCUUAUAAUAGUGUGAUGUGUAAGUUUGUGGUAGAUCACAAUAUAUAAAUAUACAGCUCUAAGCAGAUCUUUGAGCUAUAUUCUUGGGAAAGUUUUUCCCCCUUGAAUUGCUCUUUCAUUUGCUUUCUUCUUGUUUUGGCAAGUAUUUAUUUGUUAAAUCAAAAUUGAAAUUUGAGAUGUCAA